AUGGUCCCUUCUAUCUCGUCCUCAGCAGCAGCACCCGAACACCCAACCUCCUCUGAGAAGCAUACUAGUUUCGAGAACAGUGUUGCCUACCAAUUGCUCGUGGAAAAGACCAAGAACGCUCAACUGGAAUCAGCCUUUGACAAACUCAAGUCGCAAUAUGCCGAGCUGCAAGUCGAAUUGGAGAAGCUCAAGCUGGAAAAUGGCAAUCUCGUUACUUUGACCAAUGCUGUGGCCAUGGCAGAAGAACUGCUAGCCAUGGCAUAG